AUGGCAACAAAGAGCGUCUUAAUUACUGGUGCCAAUACGGGCAUUGGGCUUGAGGUUGUGAGGGCUCUCUGCAGCUCAGACCAGUCUUACCAAAUUAUCGUGAGCGGACGAUCCAUCGCGAAGGUUCAAGACGCCACCAUUGCUAUUGAAAAAGAGUUCCCAUCUUCCCAAAGCAAGCUUAUUCCCGUUGAGAUUGAUAUCUGCGAUGAUCAGUCAAUCCGAGCGGCGUUCCAGACAGUCCAAUCGAAAUUUCCAAAACUGGACGCCCUUAUAAACAAUGCCGGUGGCUCAUUUGAUCACUAUCUCGCGUCUUCGGAAAUGACAGAGAGGCAGAUCUGGAAUCAGUCAUGGAACACCAACACCGUGGGAACACAAAUCAUGACAUCGACCUUUAUGCCGUUACUGAUUCAAAGUUCGGAUCCUCGCCUGCUUUUUGUCACCUCUGGAACGUCUAGCCUGACAAGGACCGAUGAUAUGGCUAUCCCCGUCAAUCAUUCCCCUGCAAAAGGGUGGCCCAAAGCCGGAUUUUCUGUUCCAGCAUAUCGCGCUUCAAAAUGUGGGAUGAAUAUGAUGAUGCGCGAAUGGCACCGGUUGUUGAAAGAGGAUGGGGUGAAAGUAUGGAGCAUCUCGCCGGGCUUCCUCGCCACAGGACUUGGCGGUAACCCCCAAGCCUUGCGCAAGAUGGGAGCAGGGCACCCUUCAGUCGCUGGUGAGUUUAUUCGGGAUGUCUUAGAAGGCCAGCGCGAUAAGGAUGUAGGCACUGUGAUCACAAAGGAUGGUGUCCAAGAGUGGUAG